AUGGGUGGAAAUCAGGCACACUUGCUCAUGGAUCAGACAAUGCACCAAUGGAAACAAACACUAAUUGAAGCAUCUAAUCAAGCAAUUGUUAAUCAACUGGUUGCGCCACUGUUAUCUUAUGGUGCUAAUCAAUUAGUUGGUUUUGUCGGUAGUUCGAUCAAGAAGAAAUAUCGUUCGUACAAAGAAGAAAAGUAUCGAGAAGAAUUCGAGACGCUCAAAAAAGAUUUUGAUGCUAAAGAAAGUCUUCAGUAUACUAUUUCUCAAGACUGGCAUAAAUUUGCAAUCAAAAAAGGAAGUUAUGGUGGUGCAAUUAAAGAAAAUAAUUACAAUUGCGAAGUUCUUUAUGGUCGACAUGUAGCUGACGUUCAACAUGCAUUAAAAAAAAUUUUCGGCGAGAAUAAGCAUUUAUCAGAAGAGAUCCGCGAAGCUAGAGAAAUCAAUGCAGUUACAGAAAAUUUCAAUAAAUGGUUACCUGAGAAGUUGAACAGAAAUGAAUCAGAAUUAGGAAAAGAAUUGAAAAAAAAAACGGUUUCUACAUUUCGUGAACGCAUCAUUCAAACCGUGGAUAAUAAUUAUAAAACGACGCUGCAAGACUUUCGAGCACAAGCUGAACACGCCGAUCGUUUGCCAAAGGAUCCUAGUGCAGUUCACAUUGCAGAUCGUGUAAACGUUGCACAGAAUAACAUUCAAUUGGAGCAUUUGGUUGACAAAUCUACAAAAUUACGAAACGAUCGAAAUAUUAUCGCCAGUGUUAUCCACGCAGAACUAAAUAAGGACUUGCUACCAGCUGAUCAACGAUUCAAUACGGUAGCCGUAGGUAUUCAUAAUGAACCUGUGUAUGUGGCACUAAAUCAUGUUGAAACAGUGAAUGGACAACAAACCUAUGGUAUCACUGAAGACAAAUGCAAAGAAUUAUGUCGAUUGCUUGCCUUGAAAAAACCUUCUCAAAGGAUGUUAUAA